CCUUCCUUUUAUAGUGAAUAAAAAAGCAGAGGUAGGUGGAUUAAGAGAAAUACACUGUGAAAGUAUUCCGAACAAAGACUGGACCGGUCAGCCAGACGAGAUAGUGUCACUUUGAGGCUGGACAGCGUGGAGCGCACAUCUUUAUGCUUGUUGCUAAAUUUUGAGCGUUUUUAACUUCUUGUGUUCAGAAACAUCGUUGAGUGAUUUCAGCUUUACUUUCAAGUUCUAGUCUUUUUUUUUGAACGACGUCAAAACGACAAGCACCUCGCCUGUGUAUAUCCGUGCCUUGUGUUUUCCCUCAUCUUCGGUGCCGUUUGCCCGUGUCUUGGGUCAAGUCUACGUCUCUCACCAUGUUGCGGGGAUCUGGAUCUUCACCAGUCAUGGAGUCUUUGGAGCUUAUUCCGAGACAGCUGAAGGGGACAGCGGAACAGUCAAAGGAUUCUGGCAGCAGUGGUGACAAUGUAUCCUGUUCCUCAAACGCACUGAGACGUUGUGAUGACAGUAUUUUCUGCUCAUCAAACCCGGACACAAACUACAAUGUUAGUGUGGUUCUUACAGAGAACACAAACAUAGCCAGUCAUGGUAGAAUGCUUCCCACAACGAACACGGACAAAACCAGUAAUUGCAGAGUGAUUCAUACAACUAAGACAGAUAUGGAUUUCGCCUUCAGGGGAACAGUGCCUUGCGAUUCUAGGAAAAGAAAACGUCAACAAAAUCAUGGAGAUAAUAAACGACGCAUCACGUCUGAGGCCUGUACUGGCGGUGUGUUCCCUGCACCCAACACAGCUGUAGCCUCGUGUGACGUCCUGAAUACGUCUACAACUACAAACAACACGGGUGGUGACUAUGCAAGCUCUGGAACAAUCUCUACCGAUUCGAGAAAAAAAGUUCGAAGACAAAGAAAACAACAGACGGAUGGUGAGAGAUUCAGUGCGCUGUACGAGCAAACUGGAGAAAAGCUGGGUCGUGGGUGCUUUGGUUUCGUUUUCACCUAUAGAAACAAGAAAACAGGGACGGAGCACGCAGUUAAAGUCAUGAAGGACUGCCGGGAUUUAAGACUCCGUAGAGCAUUGAUCGAGAUAGAGACUUGUCGUCGCUACAAGAACUGUGAAAACAUCCUCAAUUUCGUGGAGUCCUUUAGAUCAGGAGAUACGUUUGUGCUAGUGUUCGACAAGAUGGCAGGAGGUAACCUAAGAGAUAUGUUGUCAUCAACUCCGUAUCUGAGCGAGUCCCAGGCUUCACGAGUGACCGGUGCCGUCGCCCGAGCACUGCUGUCACUUCACUGCGACGGAGUAGCACACAGAGACCUAAAACCAGAAAACAUUCUAUGCCACACCCCAGGGGAGGUCACCCCUCUGGUCCUCUGUGACUUUGGCUUCGCGAGUGAACCCCCUUCUCGACGUAACCCCCCCAAAGAGGACACAGGUCUAAUAUUAACCAAGCUUGCCAUGACGUCAGCUGUUGGCUGCCCACAAUACAUGGCACCAGAGAUCGUCGGUUUGUACUUAUCGACGUCACAGUGGAGAACACCCUACGACACCCGCUGCGACAUGUGGAGUCUAGGGGUUCUCGUUUAUGAAAUGCUCGUCCGCUGUCUGCCCUUUGUCGGCCACUGUGCUCAGCAUUCACAGACUAUGGUCCGCAAUUGCCGGGACUGCAUCAAUGACAUGUUCCCCAAGAUCUUCAGCGGCAACUAUUCCAUCCCUACAAACACUCGCGAGUCUUUGUCUGACACUGCCGUGGAUUUGAUCCGGCACCUCCUUGUCGUGGACCCCCAAGACCGUUACUCAGCCGUCGAGGUCUUGAAGCAUCCGUUUGUGACUGCACACAGGGACGAUGACUAGUACCGACUGUCUAACAGCGUUGCCAUGACAAUCGUUAUUUGAGUGAUGCUGACACAAUUUUGGCAGGAGUAUCGCCAGGUGCUUUUACAUUUCUUGAAUAAUACAUGUAUCUUUUUCAAAAGACACACACUUCGGAUUGUAUUACAUCUACACUGAUGUUGGUGUGUUUUUCUGAGAGUUUGUGUCUUCGCUCUUUUCACAACAACAAAAAAUGAUGUUUUGGAGAGUGUAUGUGUAUGAGUAUGAGCACAUGCGUGUUUUUGUGAGUUUGUGUGUGUGUGUGUGCGUCUUAAAUUAUGUUAUGUUAUCAAAUCUAUCUUAUUUUAUCAUAUCAUAUCUCAUAACGUCGUCUCAUCUAUCU